AUGAUAAGAAAAAGGUCCAUAUUAUACAUAAUAACAUAUAUAUGUACAAAUAUAUACCAUUGCAUAAAAAAUGAAAUAAACUACGAAUAUAAUUCUGAACUAAAUAAAAUAAAAAACCCGUUUCUCAUAGAUAUAGAAAAUAAAGAAGAAUGUAAUUUUAAAUAUGAUAAUUUAAAAACGUUGUUCAAGUAUAUAUAUUUAAUCGAGUGCUCCACCAAUAGUAAUAAAUUACAACUACAUUUUAUAAAUAUAGCAAAAAAGAAUAAUAAAAAAAAAGAUAUAUAUUAUUUCUAUAACGAAAAUGAUAAAAAAAUAAAGAGUGAUAUUAUACAAUUUGAUGUAGAAAAAAAUGAUAAAAAGGUAAAUUAUAAAGUAUGCCCAACAUUUGAUAAACAUAAGAAGAACCAUUGCUUUUAUAUUUCUAUUAUUAUAAUAUUUCAAACAAAACAAAUAAAUGGCUUACGAGAAUUAUUUAUAAAUCAUAUAUUACUUAAUAAAGAGGAUCAUCCAAUAAUAGCAGAUUUAUUAUAUUCAAAUAAUAUAAAAAUUAUUGAUAACAAAUUAAAAUAUCCUGUCUUUUUUCUAGUGCAUAAAAACAAAAUUAAAAGAUAUCAUGUAAUAGAUAUUAAAAUUGAACGAUAUGUACCCUCAUAUAUAUAUGCAUCCAGUUAUAUAUAUAAUUUCGUAUUUAUUGAUAAAAAUAAAAAUAAUUUAUUGAAAGAAGAAAAUUAUAUAUAUGAAUCCUAUUUCUACAAGUUUUAUUGUACUAAUGAUAAUAUGAAUAUAUAUGUCAGUACUUGUGAUAAGGAAAAAAAACAAUUUUAUAUAUAUAAGAUUAAUAUAUAUUGUUAUAGGACCUAUAAAAGCUAUUUAAACAAUAUAUACCAUAUAAAUAUUGUUGAAGUAGAGGAUAAGAUAAAUAAUCCAUAUUUAUAUAAUAACGAAAAGGAUAUUAACAAUAUAAAGGUAGAUCCAUCUUAUGAUCCAGUUAAUAGCACAACUAUUAAUCACAAUAAUACUAAAUUUAUAAAUGAUAAUAAUAAGAAUGAUACUAAUAAUGUGUUUAUUUAUAAUAAUCCUAGUUUUAUUACCCCGUCGUUUCAUGUAAAAAAACAUAAAUAUGAUAUAUACACAUCAUCAGACACAUUUCUCUUUGUAAUAAAAGUUCAUAACAACCAAUUUAAUAACAUUACAAUAAAUAAUAAGAAAGUAUUAUCUGAGUAUAAUAUAAUGACCUUAAAGGAGUCCCCGGAUGAUCAAUUUUAUGAUGACUGUAUAUACAUAUGGAAAAGAUUGCAAGAAAAUAAUAACACUGAUGAAAAUACAAAAAAAUUAAAAGAUGAAAAAUAUGGAAGAAAUAGAUAUAAAAUGGAUAAUCAUUAUAAUAGAAGUUAUAAUAAAAAUUAUUCAAAUGAUAAUAAUUAUAACAUAGAAACACUUAAUAAUAAUAAUAAUAAUAAUAAUAAUGCUAAAAAUAGGUUUUACUAUAAUAGAAAAAAUAUACCUUAUCAUUUCUUCAACAAUAUAUACGAAGAUGAUUUUUUUCAUCAUUAUAACAACCAAAAAAAUAGAAAUCCAGUUAAUAUUAAAAAAAAAUUAUGGUAUGAAUUCUUUUUCUUAUCCUCAUCACAAAAAAAAAAAACAAAAAUAUAUAACCAUAAUGAAAUAAAAAAAGUUUUAUAUCCUAUAAAAAAUAUGUUCCUUUUACAAUAUACUUAUGAAGAAAUAUAUGAUGCAAUAGAAGAUGAUAACAAUGAGAAAAAAGAGAAAAAACAAAAAAAAAAACAACUCAGUGUUGUUCAUUAUUAUUUCUAUGUACAUAAAAUUCCUAAGAAUAUUUUAGUAAAUAAUGAAUACUUUAUAAUAUUUUUAAUAAAUGCUAAUUGUAGGCAUCAAAAUAAUAUCUGUUACUUGGAAAAAAAUAAACAGUCAUAUAUACAAAUAAUAUUUAAAAAGGAAAAAGGACAAGAAAAUAAUUAUCUCUUCUUAAGCACCAACUUGUUAAUGCCACAAGAAAAUAAUAAUAAUAAUAUAACAUAUUUAAAUAAUAGUAACAAUACAAUGAAUCCUUUAGUGACAUUAUUUAUAAAUAAUCAAGAAAUUGCUAAAAAUACUUUAUACAAAAUUAACGAAAUAGGAAAAGAAAAAGAAAUCAUUAAUAUUAAAAUACUAAAUAAUACAGAAAAAAAUAAACAUACAUUAAAAAACAAAACAAAUAUAAUUCUGGAUACUAAUUUAAUAAUUGUAAGAGAAUAUGUUUUUUAUAAAUUGCUUCUAAAAAUAUUGUCUUACUUUUCUUAUUUUUAUAUCUUUUUCUUAUCAUGUCUUCAACCAGUACAAAUGAUGAAUCCUAUUCAAAUGAUACAAAUCCUAACAUUCAUAAAUAUAAAUUAUUCAUUCCCAUCAUUGUUUAGCUAUUUUAUAAAAAAUAUGCAAAGCCUUUCUUUUAUAUCCCAUUUUAUUUAUGAUCUUAAGAUAUAUAGGAAAAAAAUUAAUAUGUUACAAAAAAAUGAAGACGUUCAAAGUUACAUUAUAUUUGAUGACCCUCAUGAAGAAACUCAGCACACAACGAACACUAAUAAUAUAAAAAAGCACGCUGGUAAAAAUUCAUCUGAUGGUUAUAAUUAUAAUAUAGAACAAGACACAUUGAAAAAAACAGUCAACAAUUUUGUACAUAACAAUAAUAAUAAAUAUGUGCCUGGUAAUAUUCACAAAGAAAAUAACAUAAAUGAAAAUAUUCAAAAUGUUGAAAAUGCUCAAAAUAUUCAUUAUGUUGAAAAAGAUGAAAACAUUCGCGAUAUCCAUAAUGAUAAUAAUUCGAACAACACCAAUGACAUAUUAAAUAAUUCUUCUUCCAGAAACAAUGUUGCUUGGUAUAAUAAAAACUAUUUACAAUAUUUAUUUUCUUUAAACAACAAAAAGGAACAACCCGAAAAUAACCAAAUGACAUAUAAAAAAUUAGAGGGAUUAAAAAAAUAUUUCAUUAAUAAUAUAAAAAAUAUAUAUAUAAGCAAAAAGAAGAAGAAGAAAAAAAAAAAAAAAAGAAAAAAAAAAGAAAACGAAAUACAAGACAUGAAACUAUUACAUAUAUAUAUUAGCACACUUUUAAAUAUUAUAAAUAUAAUAUUUAUUUUAUUCAUAUUUUAUUUUAUAUCUAAAAAAUUCAUAUCUAAAAAUAAGUAUCUAAACAAAUUACAUAUACCUUUUUUAUCUAUUCAAAAUUUUACAUUAUUCAUAUUUGAUAUAUUUUUAUAUCCAUUAAUAUUUUCUAUAUGCAAUAUAAUACAAUUUGAAAAUAUUUAUCAUAUUAAAAUAUAUUUUAUCUAUAUAGAUUUUCUUGUUCUUAAAAUUAUUUGUCUAUUUUUACUUGUGUCAUUUGUAAUUCUUUAUAUUGUUCUUCCAAUACCUUUUAUCUUAUACAUACAUAAUCAUAUUGUUUAUAAUUAUAAUUUCAAAAAAUUUAUUCCUAAAUAUAUUAGUCAUAUAAAUGGAAUAGUAAAUUAUUUUCCCUUCAAAAUAUUUCUCAAGAAUAUGUUAUAUUAUCAUAAAUAUCAAAAUGAAAGUCAAGAUAAUCAACAGUUUCCUCCGUCGUCAAAUAAAGUAAACACAUCACAUUCUAAUAUAAAUAAUAUACUAAAAAUCGAUCAAAAAAAGAUGAAAAAUAUGUUAAUUAAUGUAGCAAAGAAAAAUAUUAAUUUUGUGGGAAAAUCAUUUCUAAAACAAAUUAUUGAAAAUUUUGUACACAUACAAAACGAAGAAUUAAAACAAAAUCUAUUGGAAGAUAUAGAUUCUACGAUUAGAAAUAGUGAAUAUGAAAAAAAUAAAAUUAAUGGAAAAUAUAAAAAUUAUGAUAAUAUAGACACAAAUCAUUCAAACAAUCUUAUUUUACUUCAUAAGGAUCAACUAGACAUUUACAAUAAUAUAUCAUUAUAUCAAAAAAAAAUAAACUUAUUUAAAUGUUAUAAAAAGUUAUUUUAUAUAUUAGAAGAACAAUAUGAUCAAUGUGAUCAUUAUGAUCAGCACAAUAUCGAAGAUAUACAAAGUAUAAGAACAGAUAUUCCUCAAAGAGUGAUUAAAUAUAAUAAAAAUGAUUCUAAAAAAUUAAAGAAAUAUAACACAUUCGUCAAUCCACCAAAUAUAUAUAACAACUGUAAUGAUGAUAUCAUAAAUAUAUAUACAACAUCUGAAAUAAAUAAUUCAUUUUAUACAUAUGAUUAUUCAAUAGACUAUGACAUUAAAAAAAAUAAAUAUAUCAAAGUUCGUAUUGAGAGAAAUAUGCUAUAUAACAAUAAAAAUAAAGAACAGACUAUGUUGUUUUUCUUAAAUGUUUUAAAUAAUAUAAAUGUUGGAUAUACAUAUGAUAAAAUACGUCUUUUUAAAAAUAAUAUAUAUAUAAAAAAAAAAAUCAAUUUAAAACAGUUAUAUAUACUAUUAGCUAAUAAAAAAUUUAUAGAACUUUUCAUAAAUAUUGAACAAGCAUAUGAUAAUAAUUUACAAAAUUAUUCAUUUCUUAUUCAUAAUCUUUUUAAUGAAAAUAUGUAUACUCUAGUCUUAAUAAGAUUUAUAAUUGUUGUGUUUGUUAUUUAUAUAAAUCUAUGUAUAUCUCAUAUAAAUAUAUAUCUCCUGUCAUUAUCUUUAUUGUUUCUAUGUAUAUUUAUUUAUCGAUUAUAUUAUAUAAGUAUAAACGAACAUCUAUUUAAGAAAUGUGAUAUAAGAAAGGAAGAUUUAUUAACAAUAAAUGAUCAACAUCAAAAUGAUAAUCAAUUUAUAGAUACAUACAAAACAAAAGAGCAGAUAGAUCAUUCUAUAAAAACUUCGAUAAAUCAAAAAAUGAACAACCAUAGUACACAAACUGAAAUAUAUCAAAAAGAGAAUAAAUAUGGGAAAAGAGAAAAACAAAAAAAAAAUGAUGAAAAUAAUAAAUAUAAUAAUGAUUUUGAAAAUAUAUCAAAUAAACAACACAACAAUGUACAGACAUCAACAAGUUCAUAUCAACAAAGCGAUAUUAUUGAAGAUAAUAAAAAUUCAAGAAACAAAAAAUUAUAUAAUAGUAAAAAACAAAAUAAAAAUAUAAUAAAAAUAUAUAAUUUUAUAGAAUCUAUUUUUUUUCAACUUUUUACUAUAUAUGUUAUCAUAAAAAACUUAAAAGAGAAACAACAUUACUCAGAAUUAAUUCUUAGUAUGAUAUUAUUUUUAGUAUUCAUUUUUUAUAUGUUUAAUGAAAAAAAUAAAUAUGAAUGUAUACCUUUCCAUUUAUUAUUAAUCCUUUUAACUAUCUUAUUAUAUAUCGAUUUUCUUGUGAUAAAACAAAUUGGUAAAGAAAUAUAUUUAUAUAUCAAACAUAUUCUUAUGAUACAUAUAUAUUCUAAUUAUUAUAUAAAAAUAAAUAUAAUAAAUCACAUGAAAACAUUACAACAUAUAUUUCAUAUUUUUAUUUAUAAUCCCAUUAAAAGUAUAGUAAAAAAAGAAAAAGAUGAAAAAAAAAAUCUGAAGAAGACAAAUACAUAUACAAACAUGAUAAGAACAAAUAAUAAUAUAUGUUCCAUAUUUUAUCAUAAUAAUAAUCAUAACAAAAAAAAAAAGUAUAAAUUAAAACAACCAUACACAAAUAUAUCUACAUUGAAAAAUAUAACAUCUAAUCAUAUAGAAAUAUUUCAAUAUGAAGGUUGUCUUCAUUAUGAAUGUCAAGUCAUAAAAACAGAAAAAAAUAAUAUAAUAUUUAAUAAUAAAAAAAAUAAAUUAUACAAAAAUUUAUAUUGUUAUUAUACAACUACGGAUAUAAUCAAAAGGUUAUUAAAAAUUGAUACUAUACCUAUAUAUCUAAAUGAUGAAAUGAAAAAAGAACAAAAAAGGUGUAUAUGUACAAUACAAGUAAUUAAUGGGGAACAUGAUAGUAUAACUAAAGGAAUAUCGUUUUUUAUGAAGAAAAAAAAAAGAAAUAAUCAUAAAUUAUAUACUUUAUAUUAUAAUAAAAAAUAUAAUAUUUUUAUAACAAAAGUGGAAUCAUCAUCUAAGGAACAAAAAUAUAGAAAUAUACAAAAUAAUCAUGUGAAUGAAAAAAAAGACAGAAAUGAAAUAUAUAACCAAAUGAAUGGUACAUAUAUUACCUCUAAAAAAAACAACGAUAAUUAUCAAAAUCAUAUGGAUAACAUAAAUUCAUAUAAUAAAGAAUAUAAAAUUAUAAAAAUUGAUAAAUAUUCCUAUACAACCAUUAAUGAAAAUAAUUUAAUUAUAAAUAGCUUAUUCAUUAAACCAAACAAAAUAUAUAAAUUACAAAUAAUAUUUAAGGAUAAAAGUCUUAACAAUAUUACAUUUGAUAAUAUAAAAAAUGAGAGUAAAAGUUUUAUUAAGAAAGAAGAUAUAAUAAAUAUAAAACAAAAGGAAUGUACAAAUAAAGAAAAUACAAAAUAUUAUAAUAAUGUAGAAGAUGAUAAUGAAAAAUAUAAUAAUAUGAAUACAUAUAUAUUAAAUAAAAACAAUUUAAACCAAGGACAUUAUAACAUAUAUACUGUUAUAUGUAAAGAAAUAGGAAAACUCAUAUUUCCUUAUGAUAUGAAUUAUAUAGAUAUCUUUGAAGAUAUAAAAGUCGAAAAUAAAAAUAAAGAAAUAAUUUAUGUAAAUAUUCAUUCGAAUCAUAUAUGUUUUAUUAAAAAGGACAAUAUUAUUAUAUUACAUCAUCCCUCAUUUGAGAAAUAUGAAAUAUAUCAUGUAUACCUUAAAAAUAAUAAAAAAAAUAUUUCGGAUUAUGUAAGCAAUGAAUUUGAGAUAAAAAGUACACAAAGUGGACAAAUUAUUUUAAGCAUUUAUAAGGAUGUACAAAAUAAUGAUGAUAUUAUAUAUGAACAAAAAAACAAUAUAGAGGGAACUAAAGAGAAUCCAAAAAUUAUGUUUGAUGAUAAUAUAUAUAUUUACAAAAUAGUUAAUUAUAAAAAAACAAAAGAUAUUUUUGUUAAGGUACAGAAAAAGUACAAUACUUUUUUUUCUCCAAUGUUAGAUAAUUAUGAUGAAAAAAAUAUGGAACAAAAUAAAUUUGAUCUUUCUAUUUUUAAAACCUGCAUUAAUAAUAUGGAAAAAAUAGAUGAACAAGAGAAUAAAAUAGAUAACACAAAUAACGAAUUCAAUGACAGAUAUAAAAACGAAAAUAUCGUUGAUAUGGUUAAACCAUAUGAUGAUUUCUGCAAAGAAAUAGAGUACAAUUAUUUUAUACCAAUUCAAAUAUUGUAUAAAGUUAAAUCACGUUAUUGUAUUUCACUUAUUAAAGACUUACAACAUUAUUUUAUAAAUUGUCUAAACGGUAAUAUUGGCAAUGAUAAUAAUAAUUAUGAUAAUAAUUAUAAUAAUAAUCAUGAUAAUAAUUAUGAUAAUAAUUAUAAUAAGCAUAAAAGAAAAGAAAAAAAAAAAACAUACCAUGAUAUCGAAUAUAACAUAUUGAAUAAUAACCAUGAAAAUGUUUCUACAAAAGAAGAGCCUAAUAUUUUAUCAGACGAGAAAAAUAAUGAAAGAAAAGUUAAAGACCCUAACUACUCAAAUUAUGAACUAUUACAAAAUUCAGAUAAGUCUGAGGAUAGUCAAAAGCAAUCAAACGAAAAUAUAAUAAGAAGAAAAAAAAAUAUAAGAAAUCACAAUUUAUUUUUAAAAAAAGACCAACUGAUAAAAUACUCAUACAGAAUUUUUAAAAAAAUAUCCAACAUUUUUCCAAUGAGAAAUAAAAUACAGACACAUCAAAAUUAUGGAUCACAUAAAAUGUAUUCAUAUGAAAAAAAAAAGAAAAGAGAAGUAUUUUUUAGAUAUGUACCUGAUUAUAAAAAAGCAAUAAAUAUAUAUGCUACUAGUAUUCAAGUUUAUGAAAGCAAAUAUCACUUUUUAGUAAGUAAUAAAGGGAAUAUAAAAUUACUAUCCAAUUUUUUAAUUGAAAAUUUAAAUAUUUCAUAUAUAAUUACUUUGUUCAACAAAUAUUCAUUAUUACAUAAUCAACAUGAUGAAAUAAAUAUAAAUUUGGAUAAUAUACAUUUUAAUAUAUAUGAAAUAUAUAAAAAAUGUUCAGAUGAUAAAAAAAGGUUACUAUCUAAAAUAAUAUCCUAUUUAGAACAAUUAGUAGCCUAUAAAUUCUUGUGUAUUAUUAAAUACUAUGGUGAAAAAUUAAAUUAUCUUCUCUUACUUGAUCAAAUUAAUAACGAUGGGGAUAUAUAUGAUAUUCAAAGAAAAAUCGAUUAUUUAUUUUUUAAUAAGUAUAAUUUUAUAAAAAAAGAAAUAAAAAAAAAUUAUAAAAUGAAAAAUUGUAGAAACAAAAAUGAACUAAAUAUACAUUCUGAGAAACAAUGUAUAGACAUUUCUUUUAAUAAUAUAAAAUAUACAUAUGAAAAUAUCGUAAAAAAAUAUGUAAAACAAAAAAAAUAUAUGAAUAAAUGUUUCUCAGAUAUAAAACAUAAUAUAUAUCAGAUUAGAAAAAAAUAUCCUACUAUAUAUAAUUAUCCAUAUUUCCCAUUCUUUAUUAAUAAAUCUAAUAUAAUAAAAAUUAAAUAUGAUAUAGAUCAGCAAAUACAUUAUUGGAAUAAUUGUCUUACUAACUUUUUUAAUAAUAUAAUAGAAAAGUCUUUAACACAUAUUAAUUUAAAAUAUAACAUACGUAUAAUGAAUAAUCAUAUUCUGAAUCAUAUAAAAGAUUCAUUAUUAAUACGGACAAAAUAUAAGCAUAUAAAAAAUUAUAAUUUUGCUCAUAUAAUUAUUUCACAUCAUUUUUUAAAUCCACAAGAUAUACAUUUUUUCCCUAUACCUCCUAUAUUUUUUUUUAUGAAAAUAUUACCAUCCAAUUGUAUAUUCUUUCCUAAUAAUAAAUAUAAUUCUAUAUAUAAUAAAGAAAACAUAGAACAAACAAAUAAAAAUAAUGAAACUCAUAUUAUAAAAAAUAACGAUCACAUAAUCGAUCAAUCACAAAAUGAUAAAUCUUUUUCUACGUCCAAUCCAUGUAAUAAUAACAACAUGAAUGAGAAUAUACCUUGUACAAAAUUAAUACCAUGUUAUAUACAAAUAAUAAAUAGUGACUUACUACUAUAUAUUUUUGACAAUCAUAAUAAUAAAAUGUGUUGGAAAUUAGGAAAAAAAGAUUAUAACAUUUAUGAACAAAGCGAAAAUUACAAUGAAGUUACGAAUUCACAAUGUAACGAAGAUCAAAUAAAAGAUGUUCACACGGAUGAACGACAUAAUAAUAUACAACAUAAUAUGAACAAUACGAUGCAAUAUAAUCCUUGUGUUAAUGUAAACAAUAAUCAUUUUUUAUAUGACAAAAGAAAAGAUACACAAGAAGAUCAAGAUAAUAACUAUAUUCAAACAUAUUCAUAUGAUAAAGAUACAUCCUCUAUACAUUCUUUAAAAAAUAAAAGAAAAAAAGAUAAAUCCAAUAAUUUUUGUAAGGAUGAAUAUUGUACCUUAUUACAUGAUAAUCACUUAAAUAACAAUAAAUUAAAUAAAAAUUUAUUUUGCUUUACAAAAAAUAUGAAUCACCAUUUCUCAAAUAUAUAUAACAUUAUAAAAAAUUAUAUUAAAAAUAAAUAUGCCCUUUUUCUUUAUAUAUGUAAUGCAAAAAGCAUAGACAAAUAUAAUUAUGAAACAGCUCCCGAAUUUGUUAAUAUAUUUAUUCAAAUAAAUUAUACAUGUGAAGAAAGAUUAAGAAAUAAUCUUACUAUAAAUGAUCAUUUGAUUGUAAAUAUAAAUAAAAAAAAACAACGAUUCUUGGAUAAAGGAAUCGAGGAAAUAUUAUUAGAGACUUAUGAAAUAUUGAAAAAUGAAAGAGAAGAUUAUAAUAUUAUGAAGGAAAAUAAAAAUGUACUUAUAGAUAUAAUACCCAAUUAUACAAAUAAUAUAAAUGAAGUACAAGAAAAUAGUUAUACAAAUAAAUCAAUAAAAAAAAAAAAAAAUAAAUAUAUAAAAAAUAUAUAUAUGAAUAAUUUAUGUUAUAAAAAUGAAAAUUCUAUAUCCAAUCCAGAUAACAAUAUUUAUUACAACACAGAUAUUGUAAGAACUAAUGAUACCAAUAACAAUUAUUGUUAUAAUAUAGAACUUUUUACCUAUAAUUUUUUCAAACAAAAAGUAACGGAAUUAAUAAAAUAUCAUUAUAAUUAUAUUUGUAUGAGUGAACAAAAUUAUGUGGAAAAAUAUGCACAAUUUGAAAAGACUAUUAGGAGAACUGAAGAUGAAGACGAUCAUAUAUCUGUCACCACAAUGGAAAAUAUAUCGAUGAUAAGUACUGAUAUAAUGGAUGAAUAUACAGUUGAAUAUACUGAUCAACAUAUUGGAAAAUAUGAUAAUUUAUAUGAUGACAAAGAAAUAGACGAUGUCUCAUCAAUAAUUCAAACCUUCCAUUUAAAUGAAAAUCCAAAACAAUAUGAUUAUUUAUUAAAGAAGAUAGAAAGAUCAAGAUGUUCAAAUUUAUUUAAUAUAGAACAUGAUAUAUACGAUUAUAAUAAAUGCAUUCAUAGAGAACUCAUAUUUUAUAACAGGAGCCAUGAAACUUUUUCUAAAUAUAUUGGAGAUAUGAAAAAUAUGCUAUAUAAUGGGAAAGGGAAAUUAUAUGAUAAAUUUAAUAGUUUAAUAUAUGACGGAGAAUGGAGAAAUUGUGAAAAAAAUGGUAAAGGGAAAUUAUUAUUCAAAUAUUUUAAUAUAUGGUAUUUAUAUGAAGGUAAUUUUUGUAAUGAUGAAAUUGUAGAUAAGGGAAUUAUAUCAUUAAUUGAUAAAGAAUAUGUUAAAAAUAUAGAAUGUAAAAAAAUUAAUAAAUUGUGUCCUUUAUUAAUUAAAGCAAAUUUUUGUAGAAAGGGACAAGGAAAAACUACAAAGGAAGUACCAUCGGAAGUUAUAGGGGGGGAAAAUAUGGCGAAUAAUAUUGAAAAUAAUGUAGCAAAUGAUGUAUCAAAAAAUAUUGAAAACAAUGUAGCAAAUGAUGUAUCAAAAAAUAUUAAAAAUAAUGUAGCAAAUGAUGUAUCAAAAAAUAUUAAAAAUAAUGUAGCAAAUAAUGUAGUGAAUAACCUAACGAAUAAUAUAGAUAAGAAAAAAGGCAAAAAAAAAUUUACCAAAAAAAUUAUGAACAAAAUACAAAAUACAGUUAUGGCAAAUUAUAGCUAUACAAAUAACGUCGAUUGUUGGUCUAAAGAUAUUAUUGAUAUAUAUAUGCCUUAUUUGAAAAAGUGGAAUAUAUAUUCAUUUUAUUGUUCAAGUAAUAUGGAAAAUAUUAAUAAAAGGAAAGAUAUAUUUUCAAAUAAUAAUAGUAAAAAUAAUGAUAAUUACAAUUUUAAACAUCUUAUUGGUUAUCCUUCUUUUGAGCUUGUAGAUGGAGACACCACAGAAAAUAAGUUAGAAUGUUAUAAAUUGGAAAACGAUACAAAUUUAGCAAAGACACAUAUAAAUGACGAAUUAGGAGAAAACAAAAAACAAAUUAAAGAGAAUUACGAAAUAUAUAAUCAUGUGUUGAACAGUGGAAUAUCUUCUAUUAUACAAAAGGAUACAAACAAUAAUGACCAUAUGGAUAAUAUUGAUAAAAUAACAACAACAAAAAAAAAAACAUUUCUAGGGAAUGAUAAAUGUAAUAUGAAUGUUCAUAUCGUGUAUGAAAAAAAUUUAUUACAAGAUGAAUUUAUUGAUUCGAUGAAAAAUAUAAACGAAGAUAAGUUGUAUUAUCCAAUAAUAAACAAAUGUAUAGGAUUGACAAAAAUAAUAUAUGCUGAUAAAAGUGAAUAUUUUGGAGCUGUUAAUGAUAGAGGACAACCAAACACAAAUGAAAAAUAUCCAAAAGCAUUUUUUAAUAAUGAAUAUUUUUUUUAUGAAGGAGAGAUGAAAAAUUUUUUACCUAAUGGAUAUGGAAUAUUUAAAAAUAAAGAAAAGGAUAAGAAUACAUAUAUAGGUUAUUGGAGUAAUGGAUAUAGACAAGGUAAUGGAUGCUUACAUUUAAAAAAUAAAAAGUAUAUUAUACAAGGAAGAUUUUAUAAAGAUGAAAUUAAAGAUCAUAUUAAUAUUUAUAUAAGAGAUGAUAAAAUAUCUAAACUACAUUUAUCUAGUAAAAGAAAUAAAAAUUGUCAAAAAAUGAAAAUAUAUUUUAAAAAUGGAUAUAUUUUCUAUGGAUAUUUUACUCCUGAUUUUAAAAGACAUGGUAUAGGUAUAUUAAUUGAUAAUCAUAAUAAAAUAUUAUAUCAUGGAUAUUAUGAAAAUGAUAUAAUUGAUAAAUUUUGUUAUAUAUUAAGACAUAAAGAUAAUACUAUAUAUAGUGGAAAUUUAAAUAAAGGAUUAAAACAAGGAUUUGGAAAAUUAUUUUAUGAACCAAAAAUUAAUAUAUUAGAUAAUCAAAAACAAAUUAAUAUAAAUCCAUCUAAUGAACAUAGCAUAGCUAGGAAAUUAGAAACACAUGAUUCUAUUGAUAUAAAUUCUAACAUUCAUAUAAAUUUCAAUAUACCAUCUAAUAAUGUAGUUUACAUAGGCUAUUGGGAUCAUAAUAAUUAUUCACAUUUUGGAUCAUGUAAUUUAAAAAAUGGUAUUUAUAAAGGUGACAUUAAACAUUCUAAAAAAGAAGGUCUAGGUAUAUAUAUAUAUAAGAAAAAUAAAACAUGUAAACAUAAAAAUAGAUAUAUUCUAUCCUAUUUCAAAAAUGAUAAAAUAGAUAAAAUGGGAAAAUAUUAUACAGAAUAUGAUAAACUUAAAGUUUAUCCAUUUGAUAAAGAACAAAUUAUUCCUCCAUUAAAUUCAUACGAAAAAUGUCUAAAAAAAGGUAAUACUAUACCACCACAUAUUUUAAAAACAGAUAAUCUAUUUAUAAAUCAAGAACUUGAUUCUUAUAUUACUUUACCACUAGCUCAUAUGGUACAAACUAUAAUGAACGAAAUUUUUGAUAAGUCCACAAGUUUUAUAAAUUAUCUUAAUGCUUCUUUCAAAUUUGAUUUGAAUUAUUUCUUGAAAAAGUAA